UUUUUAUGAAUAGUUUUUACUAAAAUGAAUACAGUGUAUACAAUUAUAUUCUUAUUAAGUUUAAUUUCAUCUUUAAUUGCCUUAAAAUGCUUUACUGGCGAUUCAGUUCGGAAAACAGAAACUUGUGGUGAAGAAAAUGAAAAAUCGGCGUGUUAUACGCUACAAAGAAUGAACGGUAACAGGAACAUAACUAGAGGUUGUCAUAUUUUCGAUAAAGAUGUAGACGGGUGUAAAGUUUUAACUGAAAAAUAUGGACCUAAUACAACCGAUUGCCAAAUUUGUUUUAAUGACUAUUGUAAUCAAGCGGGUUUAAAUAUUGCUCUAUCUUGUUUUGGUUGUCCCAGCGAUAAGGGCGAUGAAGUAGAAAAAUGUUUGACACCAAGGGAAUCUGCCGAACAUUGCACUACCGAAGAAAACAAAUCACCGUAUUGCUUCAUAGCUAAACUUGAAAAGGGUACUUACAGAAGCUGCAAGAAUUUUGGUGAAGAUGUUCCAGACAAAUGCGAGCUUUUAAGGGAAAUAUAUCAAAAACAGAAAACCCAAAUUUUAGAAUGCGAAACUUGUAAAACAUUCAUGUGUAAUAAUAAGGUUUAUGGAAGUGAAAGUUCCGCUAAAAAUAUUUUUUCAAAUUUACUCAUUUUUCAUGAAAUAUUCAUGUAUAUAUUUAUUAAAAUAACUGGAAUUUAAUAAAUUCAUCUUAGCCACACUGUAUUUCACUUUUUUAAUGUAUCAAAAAUAAGUAAAAAGUUUUCCAAAAAACAUGGGAUCCCUUUUUGUAGAGCAUUCAAUUCCCUAACAAUCUGUUUAUUGGGCUUUAUAAUUAUUUGUUUAACAAAUCUCACUAUAGGACUAAUGUGACAAGGGAAAAUUGCAAUAAGGAGGAUCUUACUCUUAAUAGUAAGAGCUCAUACGUAGAUAUGCUUCUUUUGAGGUGCCCAGCAACCAAUUUCAAUAUCAUAUGUUAAAAAAAAAAUUGUAGAUAUUUUGAAUCACCCUAAUGUAUACGUAUUUUUUGCUUACAUUUUUAAACUUUUUCAAUGGUAAAGAGUACUGACUUACUUAGUUUUUGAGACAUUAAAAAAAUGGAAUACAGUUUGGCUCUGGGGUUUAGAUAUUAGUGGUAGUGGUAGAGAAAGG